GCCCCGCCUACUCGUUCGCCAAGAUGGCUGCGUCUACCGGUCGCUUAGGGGCUCGGCGGCUUUUCCUGCCUUGGUCUUCUCGCCUUGCGCGAGCGUCCGGCUCAGGGGACCGGUGUGUGCAUGUUGGAACAGGCAAGCUUAGAGCUUCCAAAGCAGCAACAGAAGUAAUCUUAAACGUUCCUGAAACUAGAGUGAGUCCUCUGGAAAACGGCUUGCAGGUAGCUUCUGAAGACUCUGGACUCUCAACAUGCACAGUUGGACUUUGGAUUGAUGCUGGAAGCAGGUAUGAGAAUGAGAAGAACAAUGGAACUGCUCACUUCCUUGAGCACAUGGCAUUCAAGGGAACAAAAAAGAGAUCUCAGUUAGACCUUGAACUAGAGAUUGAGAACAUGGGAGCUCAUCUGAAUGCGUAUACAUCCAGGGAACAAACCGUGUAUUAUGCAAAGGCUUUUUCGAAAGACUUACCAAGAGCUGUGGAAAUUCUUGCUGACAUAAUUCAGAACAGUACAUUGGGAGAAGCAGAGAUUGAGCGCGAGCGAGGAGUUAUACUUCGAGAGAUGCAAGAGGUUGAAACCAAUUUACAAGAAGUUGUCUUUGAUUACCUUCAUGCUACAGCCUAUCAGAAGACAGCCCUAGGACGGACAAUUUUGGGACCCACUGAAAACAUCAAAUCCAUAAACCGUAAUGACUUGGUAGAGUACAUAACAACACAUUACAAAGGACCCCGAAUGGUCCUGGCUGCUGCUGGAGGGGUCUCUCAUGAUGAGCUGCUUGACCUAGCAAAGUGCCACUUUGGUAACUUGCCAUCUGCUCCAGAAGGAGGACUGCCACCCCUGCCACCUUGUAACUUCACAGGGAGUGAGAUUCGUAUAAGAGAUGACAAGAUGCCCUUGGCGCACAUUGCGAUAGCUGUUGAAGCAGCUGGCUGGUCGCACCCAGAUACAAUCCCACUUAUGGUUGCCAAUACCCUGAUAGGUAACUGGGAUCGUUCCUUUGGAGGAGGCGUGAAUUUAUCCAGUAAACUUGCUCAGAUUGCCUGCCAUGGUAACCUCUGUCACAGUUUCCAGUCCUUCAACACCUGCUACACGGAUACAGGGCUGUGGGGACUCUAUAUGGUCUGUGAGCCAUCCACUAUACAGGACAUGGUGCACUUUGUUCAGAGAGAAUGGAUAAGACUUUGCACAAGUGUUACAGAAAAUGAAGUAGCUCGAGCGAAAAAUCUUCUAAAGACAAAUAUGUUGCUGCAACUUGAUGGGUCCACGCCAAUCUGUGAAGACAUUGGAAGACAAAUGCUGUGUUAUAAGCGCCGAAUCCCAAUUCCAGAACUUGAGGCAAGAAUUGAAGCUAUUGAUGCCCAGACUAUCAGAGAAGUUUGCACAAAGUACAUCUACAAUAAGCAUCCUGCAGUUGCAGCUGUGGGUCCAAUUGAACAACUUCCAGAGUAUAAUAGAAUCUGCAGUGGCAUGUAUUGGCUUCGUGAGUAGUGAAUAACAAGAACUUUCAGUAUGUUUGAGCUUUUGAGAAAAAAAACAAAGGAAAACCAGCUCCACCCCUGUUUAAAGCUUUAGAGUUGGAGACAUGCAUUUGAGAAGACAAAAACUCAAGAACCGGCUAGUCCUGUGUAUCUGUAUAAUUAAGGAAGGAAAACAUGUACAGUAUUUGCAUUUUUAUUAUAAAACAAAAGAUUGUCAGUAAGAGUCAUUUCUUGACUUUAGUAGCAUUCAUCACUUGUUCUUGAGCAGCUUUCUUCGCCUUGACCAUUUCAACGAGUUCCUGGAGAGUUGGAAAAAAAAAAAAGAAAAUACUCAUCUAAAUGUGGAACUUGUAUACAAUGCUGUGGUUUUGAACACUACAUAUAUUCAGCCUGAAACACUCUAGCUUUCAACAUCUAGACAGUUUAAUACCUUAAAACAAUUUCUCUUAGAAACAAAUAAAUUAAUGGAAGGUCAAUGCUCAUCAACUUCCUCUGUAGCAGGAACUUUAUCUACAAGAGGCUAGGGAUAGGACUUUACCAUCUACAAGAGCUUGCUGUCAAAUUAUAAGACAGCCAGAUUUCACAAGACAGGCUUCCCUUCCCAGCUUCCAGAGCCACUAUUUUCUCUGAGGAAAACUUAGUCCUUUCUGGUAUUUUGCAGUUGAGCCACAAAAAAGUUUCCCAUUAGACUCCCUCUUGUGCUAGUUUGGUGUUGUCAGGUAGUGUCUCUGGUAGGGAAAGCAGUAGCAAAAGCAAAGGAUUCUAACAAGACCUGGGCUAAUUACAACCAUAGAAGGAGGUGAGGUACCCUACCUUAUAUCGCUUCAUGCAGUCUUUUUUUGACCGGCCUGGAACAGCUGCUGCUAUUUUCUCCCAUCUUUCAGGAGUAUUUACUGGAUAAGUCUUCAAUGCUUGUUCUAAAAGCUUUUGUUCUUCUGUAGUCCAAGGGGAUGAAUCUAAAGGUGAACCUGUUUUUAAAUGCAAAAAUGACAGUAAGGAAAAAAAAUUAGUCUACGUGAUAGCUGUAAAAAAACAGUUGAUUUAAAAUCCUUGUGGUUUUGUGAUACAACUAGUCUGACCUAAGGGCUACCUGGUACUAAAAACCUGAAAGAAAAAAAAGCAACCCUGAAAGUGACUGGACAAGUGGUCCUUGGGAUCUUUAAAGCACGGAGAAGUUAGAAGGCAGCAUCUUUUGUUGUCAGCUGGGUGUUAGAUCACAGUAGCUGCCCUGUGAAACCACAUCCUUAGGGCAGCAACGUAGCUUUUCCUUUUGUGUUUCAGUAAGGAACACCUGGCUGCCUGCAAGUGUCCAGGAAACUUGAUGGGAGGUGUUUGGGAUUUAACAGCAGACCAAAGCUUAGCUGUAGGGUGAUCCUGUAUCUCAGGUGCAUUCCCUCAGGCCUACUCUUACCUGAAAAUGUAGCACCCUCUGAGGAACAGAUCUCAGACAACCUGUUGCCUCACCAGGAAGCAUUUCAGACUGUCACUGUUUAGUUAACUGUGGUUUAUACUGCAUGUACCAGAAACCAUCAUAGCCAGUAACAGAGCCUGGAUCACUUUGUUUCUUGCUACGUAAGUUUGUAAGUUACUAAGUUUGUUCUUAAGCAAGUCUUAAGUUCUGGAUUACUUUCUUACUAAGAUGCACAGGGGAGACAACUCUGCAAGAAGGGGUCCCUUUUCACCUUUACCUUCAAAUCGUUCCGAGGGGGCAGCACUGUCCAUCUGAGGCACCACACCGUGUUCUUUUUUAAAUUUGUCAAACGCUUUCUUGUUUAUAUCAUCUUUUUGAUGAGGGUCUACAGGCAACAGACAUUGAUAGAAUAAUUAUUGCAACACAAUUAAAGCCAGAUGUAAUAAUAAAAACAUUGUGUAGCAGAUUAUUAAAAAAA